CGACACGCGACAGUUGCUACCAGCGCACGUUGUUGAUCUCCAAACUCUCCAUUUCUUAAAACUCUGAACUUUUUUUUUCCUUUCAUCUCAAUCCGCCAUAGAUAUAGUCCAAUAUGCAUUCCUCAAUGCUCUGAUUUCAUCCACAUUCACAUCUCUUAUCCUCCGUAGGGUUUCGAUGAGCGGCCGGAGUUCCACCGGAAUCGGAUUCGGAGUCCAAUGAGACGGCGCCCUGUGGCGGCCAUUCUCCCUGACCAGAUGGAGAAACCCUCCGCCAGGAACCCUAAUUCCCGCAUCUGCUUCCUGGCAACACUCUCCGCAUUCUUCUGGUUCCUCCUCCUCUACUUCCACUUCGCCGUUCUCGGAAACCAAUCCCCCAAACUAACCCCUAUCACCGUCACCUUUCAGCAACCUCGCAAAAGCCUCGGCUCCCAAACCCUAACCGAAGCCCCUCCGCCACCCUCCUUUCCCUUCGCACGUGCCCUCCAGACCGCCCUCAACAAGUCCGACAGGUGUGGAGGCCGCUACAUCUACGUCCAUGACCUCCCCUCCCGCUUCAACGAGGACAUGUUGAAGAAGUGCAGAACGCUUUCCCUCUGGACCAACAUGUGCAAGUUCACUACCAACGCCGGCCUCGGCCCCCCCUUGGAAAACGUUAAGGGCGUCUUCUCUGACACCGGCUGGUACGCUACCAAUCAGUUCGUCGUUGACGUCAUCUUCAGCAACCGGAUGAAACAGUACGACUGCCUCACUCAGGACCCUUCCCUUGCCGCUGCAUUCUUCGUCCCCUUCUACGCCGGCUUCGACAUCGCCCGCUACCUCUGGGGCUAUAACAUAUCCGUCAGAGACUCUGCGUCGCUUGAUCUCGUUGACUGGCUUGUGAGGAGGCCCGAGUGGAAGAUCAUGAACGGGAGGGACCAUUUUCUCGUGGCGGGGAGGAUCACGUGGGAUUUUAGAAGACUCACUGAGGACGAAUCGGAUUGGGGGAACAGGCUUUUGUUUCUACCUGCGGCGCGGAACAUGUCCAUGCUUGUGGUGGAGUCGAGUCCCUGGAAUGCGAAUGAUUUUGGGAUUCCUUAUCCCACCUAUUUUCACCCUGCUAAGGAUGAUGAUGUGUUCAUUUGGCAGGAGAGGAUGCGGAGGUUGGAGAGGAAGUGGUUGUUUUCUUUCGCCGGGGCUCCACGUCCGGAUAACCCGAAAUCGAUUCGGGGGCAGAUUAUUGAUCAGUGUAAGAGAUCCAAGGUGGGUAAGUUGCUGGAGUGUGAUUUUGGGGAGAGUAAGUGUCAUUCCCCCAGUAGCAUAAUGCAGAUGUUUCAAGGGUCACUUUUCUGCCUUCAGCCUCAAGGGGAUUCCUAUACCCGACGAUCUGCUUUUGAUUCAAUGCUAGCUGGGUGUAUACCUGUGUUUUUUCAUCCGGGUUCGGCUUACACUCAAUACACUUGGCACCUUCCCAAGAAUUAUACUAAGUAUUCGGUGUUCAUUCCGGAGGACGAUAUUCGGAAGAGGAAUGUCAGUAUAGAAGAGAGGCUUAGACAGAUUCCCGAGGAGGAAGUCAGGAUCAUGAGAGAGGAGGUCAUUAGUUUGAUCCCUAGAUUGGUGUACGCGGAUCCUCGAUCCAAACUUGAGACUCUUAAGGAUGCGUUUGAUGUUUCGGUGCAGGCUGUGAUUGACAAGGUUACCAAUUUGAGGAAGGACAUCAUGGAAGGUCGCACCGAUGAUAAUUUCAUUGAGGAGAAUAGUUGGAAGUAUGCGUUGUUGGAUGCGGGACAGCGCGAGGUUGGACCUCAUGAAUGGGAUCCCUUCUUUUCUAAACCCAAGGAUGGAAAUGCGGAUUCCAGUGAUUUGUCUUCUGAGGCUGCAAAGAAUUCUUGGAAAAAUGAGCAAAGGGAUACUUCUUGAUUCAGGCAGGGGAGUGUCUCCACAAGACCCAGGAAGCCAAUCAGCUGGAUACACAUGCAGGUAUACACAAAGGAGUUGAAUGAAAGAAACAUGCAUGACUCUGUUUUUCAGUUGGGAGCUCUGGCAUGGCAUGGCAUGGGAUGUACCACACUCUUGGCAUUUGGCAGCACGACAUCUGAUGUAAUGCACGAGGUCACUUCUGCAUUAAUAUCAUCCAUCAAUCUGUUUAGUCUUUUAUUAUUUACGCUUAUCAAUGGUUUUUGUAGCCUGCCUUCAUAUGAGUAUUGUUUUCCUGAUUCCUAAACCACAACUAGUUUCUGCAUCA